AUGAAACGGUUUUACAGCGUCUCUCAAAGACGAUUCACGUCCUCUGUGCUCAGUGCGAUCUCACAAGGCUCCAAGUCCGAGUUUGAGAGCUCCAUAAGCUCAAAUGGUGUUCUUGAAAGGCUAUGGCGUACAAGAGCAACCCUACCAUCUUCGCAGGCUAAGACCGAUGAUAUUGUGAAUGCAAGUUCAACGCUGCCGAUAGUCCUUCGUACUAAAGAAGCUGUGUUCCAUGACGUUGCGAAGGAGAAUGCGAGCCUCGAAGGAGUGGCUCUCAAGGUGAAACAGUUCACUACUUACUUCAAGUCUGUGAUUUACUUCUAUAGAGUUGGUAUUCAGAACGUAUGGCGUAAUCGGAAGGAGUCAAAACUCAUCAAGGAACGCUAUAACGUUGAAGUUGUGACUACUGGUGGUAAAGUCAUCAAGAGACAGAUACGUAACGGGAAAGAUAUGGUCAAUGCGCUCGUUUCCCUGGAAAACUUUGAAAGAGUGGAACAGGAAGCGUUGAAGGUUGUUGAUCCGAGAAUUGUACUGAACAUUACAAGAAAGGAGUUUCAAACUGUCUUGAGAACUGAAAAGGACUUCUUCAAGAUACCUUUGUUUGCAUUGAUCCUGGUUAUCUUUGCAGAGAUGACUCCAUUGUUGUGCUUUCUGGUUCCUGAGAUCACCCCGUCCACCUGUGUAUUCCCAGGGCUGAUUAAAAAGAUGAAUAAGCAUGCUACUAUGGCACAAGAAACAUUGUCCAAGUUACGCAAAGAGCGUUACUACGAUGAGUACUACUCCAAAGGUGAAACUAUCUUCCAAAGUGUGGAAAAGUUGCCAGAUGAUGAGCUCAGGUUACUAGCGCAAUCUCUCAGGUUGACUUCGAGAUACGUUCCAAUAGGACUAUACCCAGCAUCAAUCUUACAGAAUAGACUCAUGGAUAAGUACAACGAGAUCAAAGUCGAUAACUAUUUCCUUGUAUCAUCAGAGGGACAGAAUAUGUGGAGUUUGAACAAGAAUGAACUUACGAGAGCUUGUCUCGACCGUGGCUUGAUCGAUUUUACUAAGGAUGAUUUAACCCACAUUGGUUCGCAUGAGUUGAGAUUGAGAUUGUUCUUCUUCUUGGGAAUGUUUGAGAAUGAGAAGAGUAUAGGCAACGUUGGUCUAUUUGCGUUGAACUUCUUAAACUUGUCGGAGUCAGUUCACUUCAACACCAUUAAGCAAAAGGAUGCACAUGAGUUAAACCAUUGGUGGGUAGAGGAACAUAAGGAAGAGAUCAAACACAGCUCAGAGAAGUCAAAGUGA